UUGUUCUUUUAUGAAGUAGUGCCGUAUGUAAGUACCGCCGCAUGGCACACUGGAAUUCCACAACAUUUACAACUUCACUGUGAACUACGUAAUUGAGAAAAGUAGAUGAAACUCGGCGUAAUGUUAGAGUCGUCUCAGUGGCUAAUUUUCAUAUAAUUUGUUUCGGGAUAGUUUCAAUAAAACGAGAGUUACAACCGCUUUCGGUAACCAUACUCCCUCCGUAGACGGCCAUGCAUUGAAAGCAGACGGGAAUUCUGUAACGUUUACAACUUCACCAUGAACGAACUAAUUAUGCCAAGUAAAUGAAACUCGGCGUGAUGAUAGAGUCGUCUAAGCGGCUAUGUUCAGUAUGAAUUUUUUUCCGAGGUACCUACAUCAGAUUGACAGCUACUGAGCAUUAGCGAGAAACUGGAGACGAAAGUUUUUUUUUUUUUUUUUUUUUUUUUUUUUUUUUUUUUGUCGACUAGACGCGUAGAUGAACGGACAUCAACCACCGCCGGAGGGUAGCUAUAUACAGCUUCGCUGUAAAAAUCACUGCAUGGGUAUCACCUAAUAACAUUUUUACUAAAAUGUGCCAGUCGCGCCAGCCACGGCGCAACGCCUAGAGUCAGCAACACCGAGUCACACAUUACCUCUAUAAAUGUCGUCGUCAAUCGUAACCAGUACGCUAUUAUGGCUACGCAAUCGCUUCUGGCGCAUGCACCAAGCAAAAGUAUGGCCUUCGAGAUUAAAUUUAAACUAUUGUUUUGAGCGUAUAAUAUCGACACAUUGUGAUUGGUAAUUGUAAAGCUCUUGUUUACGGUGUGACAACUCAAGAUCCACGCUCCCUCAAUGAAGCCCUCUGAACAACAAAUGCAAAUUUUGAAGGCUGCUGGUUGCAUGCGGUAGAAGCAGUUUUGUGUGCCGGAAACACGUCUUAUUAGACGUCGGGUUAUGGACACCACCAGCCACCACAUAUGAAACGCCCGUGCGCAUCACGUAGGCAGUGAAAAAGAAACUUCGCUGGUUACAGUUGAAUCACUAAAGGCCGUCUGGCAACAAUAAAAAUACUCUCGAUGUCGCUCUUUUUUUUCUGGUCCGUAUCCGAAAGAGCACUGAGAAACGCCGUGUCUAGUCGGUGCGUUGAUUACCGAACACGCGGAAAGGAUCAGAAGAUCACUGGGAGCAGCGAUCGAAGCGUCUCGAGGAUGCGCGGCUAACAUUAUUUUGCCAUUCUAAAUAACAUGGACUCUAAACUAAAGACGAUAGCACUAUGGGCUGGCUUAGGGGCAGGCGUCACGAUGUCGUCGAUCCUGCUUUACCUACUGCUGAAACCGGAGGAAGAGUACGAAGUAAAACGUCGGAAAGUGGAAACAACGAAACAUUGCGUCGUAAAGGUUACUGUCCCCAAGGAGGUGGUCGGCGGGGUGAUUGGACGACAAGGCGCCAACAUAAAACGAAUCCAAGAAAAGACAAACACGAAAAUCAGCUUCGACAACCAAGGUACUAGUGAAGAGUGCGACAGGAUUGCUGUUAUUCGUGGCACGCCAAGCGAUGUGCAAGAGGCAGAAGAGCUGCUCAAGGCUUGCAUAGUGGAGCAGUCAAAUGUAAUUACCGAGACCGUGUUCGUGCCUGCGAAGUCUUGUGGCCGCAUUAUUGGAAGGAAUGGAGAAACUGUUCGACACAUGUGCCGAGUCUCCUCGGCUAAGAUCCUUGUGGACCGGGCGGGCAGCGAUGACCGUGAGCGCAGCAACAACCUCAAAACAGUCAGUAUCACAGGCACCCGUGAGCAGAUCCGCAUGGCCAUCACCAUGAUAGACGAAAAGCUGGCCGAAGAGGAGGCCUACCAGCAGAAGAUGGCACUCGCAUCAGCAGGGCGGGCGGCACUCUACCGUAACCGUCCCAUGGCCAUCAAGGCUAGCGCAACACCGCUGUCGAAGGAUGAGAAGGAGCCGGAGUACGUCCAGGACGAAUUGAUCGCCACUUCAGCUGACGGCUACAUCGAAGUCUACAUUUCAGCAAUGGAGAGCCCUAGCUCCUUCUGGGUACAGCUUGUUGGCUCACAGUCCAUUAACUUGGACAAGCUAGUUGAAGACAUGACAAACUACUACUCCCAUGUGCCGAACCAGCAGAGCCAUGCGCUCACCUCAGCUGCCGUCGGUGAUAUCGUCGCAUCCCGUUUUGCGCAGGACAGCUGCUGGUACCGUGCCCGCAUUGUCACGAUUGAGGAGAACGACUACUCGCAAGAUGAAACCACGAUCAAAGUCCACUACGUUGACUUUGGCGAGACCGGCCGGUACAAGACCAAAGAGCUCUGCACGCUUGACGAUGAGUACCGGUACCUCCCGCUGCAGGCCAUUGAAUGUUCAUUAGCAGGCGUCCAGCCACGCGAUGGAACCCAAUGGACUGAGGAGGCCUCGGACCUGUUCGAGAUGCUCUCGCAUGCCGCACAGUGGAAAGUGAUGAUGGCCAAAGUCGUGAGCAAGGCCAAGAGGGAAGAUGGCUUUCCUGGAUUCAAGUACUCGGUCGAGCUCGUCGACACCAAUAAUAAGGACGACGUGAGUGUGGCUGCAGAACUGAUUUCCCAGGGACACGCAGUGCAAGCUGUCUGAAAGCAUUGCCCUCUGUUUUCUUUCAGCACCAUAGAUUUCGUGCAUUGAGUGAUCGCAUCUCUUUCUUGUUGAAGUUCCAGUUUGAAGACUGACAGGGAAUAGAAGGUCGAGGUUCCGUAAGCGUGCUUAUAAGGUUACGAUUAAAAGCACGCUGAAAAGCAUGCUCACUUAUGGAAAUAGCACGCGAUGUGAUGCUGCGACAGAUAAAGCAUUGGUGCUUGAACCACCAUUAUUACUCUACACGUGAUGAGCAUAGUAAUAGUGUUAUGUGAUAAAUAUUGGGAAAAUUAAGUUCUACAGCAGUAUUUAUCCCCCCUCCCCCCUUUUUUUUAAUGAUUGAAAUGAUGCACAGAUAUCCUUUAAAAUGAGUUUUCUUUUGUGGGUGCAUCUGGGCUCGAGUUCCCUACAAGCCUGUGUUGUCAGACGGGACUUCAGCAAGCGAGAUGAUUGUGACAUUGUUUUCGUAGAUUUGGUCAGGGUGUAAGAGUUUCAGGGCACUGUUCUCGAGUUGGCUGCAACCAGCGAUCUUAUUUGCCUCAUAAACAGACUUUGGUAGCAACCAGCUUGAUGUUCAAUAAACACGCACAAUGGAAAGCAAUACAUAGUUCUUCGGCAGUAACCCAGGAGGAUGUGUGUCAUUGUAGGUGAGUGCAAACACCACGGGCAGGGUUCUUUUGGUUGACCAAGCAUUUAAUUUUUAGCUGACACUAGACACAUGUGGUACAGUUUCAUUUGGCUCCUUUUUAAUUCUUCAUGUAUACAUUAUGCAGAAGAGUAAACUCACUGUGAAUAUUGCCACUGCCAUCUGUUCCAUUUCAACUUAUGCAAACAAAAGCUUCUGAACUAGCCGACGGUCAUGAGUAUACAAGUCUGUUAUGUGCAUUUUCACUCAAUACGACAGGAGUUGAGACAGUGAAGCUCAGUGGAGAGCUUGUGAUCCAUACUGUACUUUUGUUAGACCAUAUUUUUUGUGAGGAGAGGAAGAUGCUUCAGUUCUUGAGUGAUGCAUAAAAGGCAUGGAAAGCGCACGUCUCUGGCUUUAACCUUGUAUACACAUUUCAAGACCAGGUUUCGUGAAGCCUUCUUUCCUCGAGACUCCUGCAGUAGAUUCUCACUUUGGUGCUCGUUCUCACCAUAUAUCAGACCACGUCAAUGAAACUUCAACUUUUUGAAGUUUAGUAGCCGUUGUCAUGAAGCUUGCACAGACACCACUUGAAAAUAAAGAGCGUUCGCCUGCCAGCGAUAGAUUUCGUUGCCGAGAUGUCACCAUUAAGGUAAUGUGUUUCCGAAGCUGCUAGACUAUCAGUACUCACGUACAAGUUGAAGUUCUGCAGCUCAAUUCUUAGUGUGUGUGUGGUUUUCUUUUUGUUUGUUUGCAUUGUGCCUUUUGGAGCACAUGUCCUCCUGUACGAUCCAAAUGUUCUGCACAUCUGUAUGCUGCACACAAUAAUAUGGCCUGAUAUGGAAGUUGGCGUUUCAUGCUCUGUUUCUUUUUUUUUUUUUUCAAAAUUUGACUGGGAGGCAGUUUCCCCAUACUAGCGGACAAGUUUAUCUAAGGAAAUAUAAAUGUUGUGAACUAGUUCGUACCCCUUAGUUAUGUUGCUUGAUAUUAAAUGUACAUUGGCACAAGAAGGAGCUAAGACGCAAAAGUGCUCGCACACGUCAUCAUCGUCCAUAGCCUUUCGUGCACUAGACGGUGCAAAGGUGCAUGAAAAUUUUGGUGCUCAAUUGUUUUUAUUUUAAGUCUUCACUCUGCACCACAAAUCAGUCAACUGGACGGGCUAAAUGCUGCACUCAAAGAGUCUUGUACUUGAUGUAAAGCAACCAUCGCGAGUUCUUCAUAAAGGUUUAAAAGGGAGUAUUUCUUCUGCGCUUUGACAAGGACCUUGGGCUAUUCCUAGUAAUUGAAAAACCACCUUGUACAAUGUCCAAUCUAUCCGCAACAUGCUCAUUGUGUUUGUACUUUCAGAAAAGGAGCAGCUUUUCUUCCCAUGUUUAGUCAGGAAAGACUAAAGCAUUCCCGCCUUAAUUCUUUUCUAGCGAGUUGUUUUGUUAUGUCCCUACAUUUACGACGUUCUACCUGCAAAGGGUGUGCAGAUUCAGGGCUUUCAUGUGAAUUCUCCACACUUCUGUGUGAAGUGUUGAGCAGUUAUGUCUGUGCUUGUUAUGUAUGUGGUGUAUUCUAUUUAAAUGACAUUAAAGGAGGUCUCUUACUCAA